CUCUUCCAUUAGUGUUUUUCAUUUUGCUUGCGGUAAAUACCAAUAAAAAAUAACAUUACGGACGAUGAGCAAUAAAUGUUGCAACUUGCUAUAAUUCGAUUAGUGCGAAGUGGAGUCCUUGAGCCGCGUCGAAAUUGAUUUGUGCGUGCGUGUGUGUAGAUUAAAGUUUUUUUUUUUUUGUGAAGGGGAAAAGUGAUCAUGAGCGAAUCACAACCCUCAGAUAUCGGAAGCGAAUUGAAUCGCUGUGAACCAGGUAGCUGCCAGGAAAGUAUGCUGAUCACGGCGGAUUCCAUCGAGGAAUUUUCACAGGAAAUCAGCAUCAGCUUGGCGGAGAAUGGGGCCGAGAAAAAUGGAACGGUAGACGAUGGUCAGAAGAAGCAGAGUGCGAGUGUGGGUGAGGAGGUGGCCGGAGGAAACAUUACAAAGAUUCAAGAUGGGUUGAAUGUUGAUAAGGACAGUGAUGGAGCGAUGAGCAAAUCGAGCUCGUUCAGCAGUGCAAAGAGCAGAGAUCUAACGGCUUCGUGUACGAGCUUGGUGGACGAUGGGAAUGCUGCCGCGGGUUCGAGUUUGGUGGCGGAGGAGGAGCGUGAUGCGGAAGAUUACCUGCACGAUCCCAUUUUUCUUAGGAAGAAAAGGCACGUUUUCAUCCUCAGUUCGGCGGGGAAGCCAAUCUACUCGAUGCACGGAAACGAGGACAAACUGGCGACACUUUUCGGAGUGAUGCAAGCGUUGGUCAGUUUCGUGCAGAGCAACAAUGAUUCCAUGAAAUCGAUUCAUGCGAUGGGCGUCAAGUUUGUGUUUCUGGUGAAAUCGCCUCUGAUAUUGGUGGCCAUUUCGAGAACAAAUCACAGCGUGCAACAAGUGCAGCUGCAGCUGACGGAUGUCUACAACCAGAUCCUUUCGACGCUGACGCUAAUGCACAUGCAGAAGACAUUCGAACGGCGAAAAAAUUUCGAUCUGCGACGAUUGUUGGCCGGCAGUGAGCGGCUUAUUGAUCAUCUGCUGGUCAACGACAAAUGCGAUCACAAACUAGUUACCAACAAUCCUUUCAGUUUUAUGACACAUUCCGUGCGGAUCUUGCCCUUGCAGCCGAGCGUACGGGAGAAUAUCAUCGGAGCGAUCCAGAACAACUGCUCCAAAAUCAAGAACCUGGUGUUCGCAGUAUUGAUCGCAAAUAACAAACUGAUCGCGCUGGUACGCAUGAAGAAGUACUUUAUCCAUCCGGCGGAUUUGCGACUGAUUUUCAACCUGAUCGAGUGUUCCGAGAGCUUCAAGUCGGCUGAAAGUUGGACACCCAUUUGCUUGCCCAAGUUCGACUCCAGUGGGUUUCUGUAUGCGCACGUGUCCUACCUGUCAGAGGACUGCCAGGCCUGUCUGCUGCUUCUGUCGAUCGAGCGGGAUGUGUUCUACGUGCUGAAGGAAGCCAAGCAAAAAAUCACGGAUAAAUUGCGCCGAUCCAACUGCCUGGAGGCGAUCAACGAGGCUAUGAACAACAAGGGCGUGAAACUGCAAAACAUCGGCAUUCCGGAGAUUCGACAUUUCAUCUACAAAAGCAAAUCCAAUGCGCAGCUUCUGUGCUCCGAGCUGACGGUUCCGUACUCCAGCAUCGACCAGUUCAAACGGUUAGAGGGCAUGUACUUUGAGCUGCACCAUCGGAUACACAACUCCGGCCGGCCGGUGAAACUGAUCUAUCAGAUGCAGGAGAAGGAAAUCCUACUGGCAUGGGUUACCCAAGCGUACGAACUGUUUGCUGCGUUCGAGCCGACCGUCCACCGGAACGACGUCAUAAACCUCGUCAACAAGCUGCUGAAGUGGAUCAAAAAAGAGGAGAACAGCUUGUUUAUUCUAUCGGCGCCGACCUUCUAGGACUUGGGUUCCUUUUUCCCUUCCUUUCCGUUGUUUUCGUUCUCCAUCCCCUCCAAUGGUAGCGCCGGGGGGAUCGGCUAAGAAGGGGAAAAGAGUGACGUUACACACAUACACACAAAUCCGCGAGAUUUCCUUCCUUUAUACCUAUUAUAUGUAACAACACGGCACCCGUUUGCAAUUAGUUUUCCUUAUUUUACUAGAUUAGAAUAGCAAACAUAACGAUGAUUGAGUUUAGCGAAAGUAAAGUUGAUAGGUAUCUAUUAUUUUUUUUUACUGACGGUCGUCGAGAGCAUGAUGAAUUAUAUUAAAGUAUAAGAGUGAUUCCAAUCAAAGAAAGUUUAACAAAUUUAGGAGAACGACUAUUUAUUCGAAAUUGUCCGGAAAGCGAAGCCAGCGUUGGUGACGAUUGAUUGAUGGUGAAUAUUAUACAUAUUGCCUAAAAUGGUUAACAAAGUCUAGAGUCUGGAAGGCUAAAAGCCUCUAGAAGAGAUUUGAAUGGGACCGAGAUGGAAGCGUGGUAGAAUAGCGAGUGUGGAGAGUCCUAACUAAUAUGACUGUACAUAACUGUUAUAAAAAUGUAAACUGUGAAAUUUUAUGAUUAACUUGUUUAACUUUAGGCAGUGUAGUUGAAUUGAUACGAAAUACAUGAUGAACAAUCGAGA